AUGGCUCAACUUGGGAUGUUUGUGCCAGCAAGACAAGCACGGCUAUGUCCUGUCGAUGCUAUUCUAACUCGCAUGGGAGCCUACGACAACAUAUUUUCCAAUGCAAGUACAUUUAAAGUUGAGCUGGAUGAAUGCUGUAAGAUUUUGCGAGACACCACGCCACAGUCGUUUGUGAUCCUAGAUGAAUUGGGGAGAGGUACCUCGAUGUAUGACGGGAUGGCUAUUGCAGGGGCUGUGUUACACCAGCUGGCGAUGCAUACCUUGGCUCUCUCAUUUUUUGUGAUGCACUAUGGUUCCUUGACCGAUGAUUUUGCAUAUCAUCCCAAUAUUUGCAAUAUGCAUAUGGAAACAAUGGUGGAUGAUGAGAAGCAGGUGAUACAACGGUCUACACUCCUAUAUUGA